UUACCUGAUGCGAGGUUAAUUUGGUCUACAUCAAUCUAUGUGCAGCGACGUGUUUAUAAUGUCCAUGGGCCACGCAGUGAUGAGGAGCAGGAACAACAAGGACAUGCACACCAUUAUGAUCACCAUCAUCAUCAUCAUCACGAUCAUGAUCAUACUGAUAAUGGACAUGGACAUCAUUUGCACAAGGCCACAAUGGACAAACAGUUGGCCAUGCCUGUGAAUAAAAAAUCUAAAGAAGAUGAAAUCCAUUAUGGAGACAAUGAUAAUAAUGAUGAUGACAAUGAGGAGGGAAAUGAAAAAGUUGGCAUUAACAAUGAUAAUGACAAUGAUGAUGAUGAUGAUGAUGAUGAUGAGGAAGCGGACAAGGAAAAGAUGCAAGAGGAAUUAGAUGGAUUCAAUUUCGAGGCAGACGCUUUGAAUAAUACAAAAAACGCUGAAGUCGAUUUUGUGUUCUUCAAUCGUGUACCCAAAGUUGGCAGUCAAUCGCUAAUGGAGCUAAUGACACGUUUGGGCAAAAUCAAUGGUUUCAUUCAUGCUCGGAAUAAGGGCAGUGCCCAUGAGACAAUAUUAACGAACAAGAUUGGUCAAAAGAAUCUUGUGGCCGAUUUGUUAACACGCCCCAAGCCGCACAUUUAUAGCCAGCAUAUUGCAUAUAUAAAUUUUACACGUUUCCAUCUGCCACGACCGAUCUAUAUCAAUUUGGUACGCGAUCCAAUUGAACGUAUUAUCAGUUGGCAUUAUUAUAUACGCGCUCCAUGGUAUUAUCAUGAUAUGAAAGCCAAAUUGGGUGACAGUGCACUGCCCAUGCCAUCGGAUGAGUUCCUUAAUCUAGAUCUAGACACCUGUGUACGCAAUCAUGAUCCACAUUGCACAUUUACACAAAUGCAAAUGAAAAAUGGCGUAGGCGAUCAUCGUCGUCAGACGCUUUUCUUUUGUGGCAUGAAUCAAAAGUUGUGCAUGCCAUUCAAUUCAGAGGCGGCCAUGCAGAAGGCCAAACGCACUGUGGAAGCCGAUUAUGCUGUUGUAGGCACCUGGGAGGAUACAAAUAUCACUUUGGCCGUUCUGGAGGCCUAUAUACCACGAUAUUUUCGCAAUGCCAAAGUUGCUUACUAUUUGGGUAAGGAGCGUUUGUCGCGUGUUAAUCGCAAUAAUGUCACACGUAUCGUAAGCGAUGAAACUCGUCAGAUUUUGCGACACAAUUUGACAAAUGAAAUUGAAUUCUAUGAGUUCUGUAAGCAACGUUUAUAUCUACAAUAUGCGGCCCUAAGUCAUGGUAAAAAAUUUGAAGAGGAUGAUUAUCUACUAGUGGCAGAGCAGCGUAAUGAAUAUAACGAUGAUGAUGAUUAUUAGAGA